AUGGUGGAUACUGGAAGUAAUCCCGACUUUUUCCCUCUCUACCACCACCAGUUCCGUGUGAUAUUGAUAGGGGAUUCUACUGUAGGGAAGAGUAGUUUGCUGAGAUACUUCAUCGAGACGCGGACUGCAGGAAUCAGUGAUCCCACGGUGGGAGUCGACUUCUACGCUCGGCUCGUCGAAAUCAAGCCCGACCACCGAGUAAAGCUUCAAUUAUGGGACACAGCUGGCCAAGAGAAGUUCAAGUAUGUUGUCGUUGACAUUAUCAUGCAGUGUUUAGAGCUAUAACCAAGAGCUACUAUCGAAAUUCGGCUGGAGUCAUUAUUGUGUAUGACAUAACAAACAGAAAGUCCUUUGAUAAUGUAAAGGAAUGGCUAGCGGAAGCUGAAGCAAACGUUGGUGGUCCAAAUCCAUCUCAAUGUGUAUUUCUGUUAGUGGGACACAAAGCCGACCUUGAGGAUAAACGUGAAGUUCUGUUCGAAGAGGGUGAAUACUUUGCUAAGUAUCACAAGAUAAAAUUCAUUGAGACAUCAGCCAUGAAUGGAGAUAAUGUCAACGUAAGUUUUCAUUUAAGAAAGAUAACAUCAUUCUACAAAAAUAUUUUUACCAUUUAGAAGAUUACUAAAAGCAACUUGUAGGAAGCCUUUCAAGUGGUAGCUCGGGAAAUCAACGCACGAUUGGAGAACGGCCAAUUACCUUUGAACGACGGAUGGGACGGUAUAAAGGGCGGGUUAAUCAGGACACAGUCAAUCACCCUCUCUGAUAUAUCUCAAGACCCUGCGGCAGGACAAUGUUCAUGUUAA